UUUUAAGUAUACAGCUUGGCUUCGACUAGAGAGGUAAACGCAGCGCACCGUUUUCCUCUGUCAGCUGACUCGAGUUUCUAGGGUUUCUUCUAUCCUUUCCUCGAAUAUGAGUCGUUAUCCUGAAGUUAAAUGGGCUGAGAGACUCGACAAAGUUUACAUCACAGUGCAACUGGCUGAUGCAAAAAAUGUGAAAGUGAACCUUGAACCUGAUGGCGUUUUCACCUUUUCUGCGAAUGCUGGCACAGAUAGUAAUGUGUAUGAGAUCAAACUGGAUCUUCAUGAUAAAGUAAAUGUUGAGGAUAGCAAAAUAAACACAGGUGUUAGGAAUAUCUUCUGUGUUUUGGAGAAGGCAGAGAAGGGAUGGUGGAAAAAGCUUUUACGUGGGGAUGUCAAAACACCUCACUAUGUGAAAGUUGAUUGGGACAAGUGGGUGGACGAAGAUGAUGACAAUGACGGCCCUUCUAAUUUGGAUUUGGAUGGAAUGGACUUCUCGAAUUUUGCUAAUAUGGGCGGUAUGGGCGGCAUGGGUGGCAUGGGUGGCAUGGGCGGCAUGGGUGGUAUGGGUGGCAUGGGUGGUAUGGGUGGUAUGGGUGGCAUGGAUAUGGGUGCCAUGGGUGGCAUGGAUAUGGGUGCCAUGGGUGGUAUGGAUGAUGAUCUUGAAGAUACUGAUGACGAAGAACAAGCCACAUCAAAGGCUGAAGUUGCAGGUAAAGCUGAGGAAAUUUCUUCAGAGGGCAAAACAGAAACAGCUCCAUCCACUUGAAGUAUUUUAUUAUAAUGCUUUUGUUGCCCUACUGGGUUGAUAACAGAAAGGGUAGCUGAUUAUGAUGGGUUUGGUAUGUUGAUGAUUAUUGACUGGUUGAAUGUACUUGCUGUGAGUUUGCUUUUUCGUCGGUAGCCCGGGGAGGCCAAGUUUUAUCAUUACGCGGGAUUACUUGAUAUCAUGGGCCUUUUUUAUGGCUCUGUUAAGUCACUUUCUAAUGUUUAUGUUAUUUUGCUAUAUUAGAAGUUUUAUCCUGCUGUUUAUUAGUAAAGCUGUGUCUUG